GCCGCCGUGACGCAGUUCCGGUUCCGGUGCCCGUCGCGGUGGCGGUGGAGCUGCGGCCGCCGCGUCGCUCCGGGCCUGCACCGGCUCCCCCCGCUCAGCACAAUGUCUGGAACUGAUGAUUUUUCGUUGGCAGAUGCUUUACCAGACCAGUCGCCUGCUAAAACCUCCAAAGUGAGCAGCGCCAAGCCUGGCCAGCAGCCCGGGCAGCCUCCGCAGGGCUGGCCGGCUUCCAACCCUUGGAAUAACCCCAGCGCCCCCCCUAUGACUCCAACGGGACUGCCACCCAACACCUCGGCUUCCAGCGUGCCCUUCGGACCUCCUCCCACGGGAAUGUAUCCUUCAAUGCCCCCGGGACCGCCUGCUCCAUUUCCUCCUCCUCCUACCGGACCCUCCUGCCCUCCUCCUGGUGGUCCAUAUCCACCCCCAACUGUGCCAGGUCCUGUCCCACCAGGGCAGUACCCUCCACCAAAUAUGCCCUUUCCAGAGCUUCCACGACCUUACGGAGGUCCAACAGAGCCAGCUGCGCCUCCUGCUCCUGUUGGGCCGUGGGGAUCCAUGCCCUCUGGGGCGUGGGGACCAACAAUGGGAGGGCAGUAUCCUGCUCCCAGCAUGCCAUAUCCACCCCCAGGGCCAUAUUCUGCUCCCACCCAGACUCCAGGGGCUGCGCCGACGGUACCGUGGGGGACGGUGCCGCCCGGAACGUGGGGACCGACACCGCCCGGCCCAUUCCCUCCACCCACGGGAUCAUAUCCAGCUCCAGGACUAUAUCCUACGCCCCCUAAUCCUUUUCAAGUGCCAUCUGGUCCUGCUGGUGCUCCAUCAAUGCCUGGUGGUCCCCAUCCUUACCGCUGAAUACGUCCUGGGCAACAAAAUACUGUAGUUUUUCCACCUUCAUCCACUACUUACAGAGAUUUUUACAGUUUUUGUUUCAGUAAUGUAUGGGGCUAUGAAGAAUAUUGCCUCUUGUAUGUGCAUUUGAGGUAUGAAGGAGCAGUUUACAUCAAUUUACCUUGCUCAUAUGCUGGCAUAAUUAUUUGGUUUAAUCAAGUGAAAUACAAAGAGAAGAAAUCAACUAACACAGCUGUGGUUCUUAUGUUGGCAAGUAUUCCUUGGAAAAAGAGGAGUUGCCAUGUAAGGAUUAUAAAGAAUCAGGCCCAUGGAAUUUUAAAAAGUUAAUUCUUAAAUUAAUGCUUUAAGUCUCGUUGCCAGACUCCUGCUGGUCAUUGAACGGAUGGAUAGUCAUAUUUUGUCUAUUUUCAGGUUAUUCUAAAAAGUCAAUAGAGAAAGUGUUUCAACAUUUUAGUCAAGAAACCUAAUUUUUGAACGUGCUACAGUAAUUCAAACUAACAAGACAGAGCAUGUGAACUCGAAGGUUUUCUCAGCAUUUUGUACAUACUCAAACCAAUUGCUCGGUCUGGGACUACGGAGGAGAAGAGCCACGUUUGGAAGCCUUGGUGUGACUUGUCAGCACACUGGUGGUGUUCACAAACAGGCAUUCCUGUGCAAGUGAAAUAACCUGGAUGUGCAGUUAACUUUGAAUCAGCAAAAUGUGAGUUUUAUGCAUGCAAAUGAGGACAUCCUGUUGCCAGUUCUCAUUCUGUGGUGGUUGGAAGUUUGGCUUGGUCUGUGUAAAGAGAAACUGAUCCCCACGUAGGUACUUCCCUAUUUCUGACCUGGGUUCUAGUCAUUUCAAAUUUGACUUGGCUGCUGGGUUGUGUAAACCUGGCAGACUUUUUCAGAGUCCCUGGAAACUGAACUUGAGCUUAAAACCCACCCUGAGCAUUCCCUUCCCAGCAGUUUUUGGCACAGUCGUGUCCCAGCAGAGAUCCCCGUUGGGCGCCAGGGGCUGUCCCUGCGAGCAGCCCCUGUUCCCAGCUGGGUGUGUGCAUACCUCACGGAGUAGGAGGAAUCUGGGAGCAAUUGAAUGUCAGGAAGCCUGUGCCCUGCUGUGCAGCUGCCUCUCCCCAGGGGCACUGCCCUGAGCUUUCUUGUUCUUGCCAUAUCUGUGCCAAGCACGCCCGAGGGCUUUGCCGAGGCCGCGGCUCUUGGUGGAACUUCACGGCCUGCACUCGGACCACGGACAGUUUUCUGUUUCCUCCCCAGCUGGGCAUCUCCUGACUUGGCCUCUGUGGGUAGAAUUAGGAACAGAUUUUGCUUCACAUGGUAGCUCAUUAGGGAGUCUUUGUAUCAUGGAACUGUGAACACGAGUUAAUUCUCUUCCAGUACUUUCAUGGCUUCCUGCAUGCGUGUGAUGGACACAAAAAAAUAAAAGCACAUGGGGUGACCUGGUGGUGAUGCUCCUUGGUAGUUGCAGCCUUUAUGGCAAAGUCCUACAGUAUUUUUGCAGGAGAAAGCAGCCAGCUGAGCUGUGGCUGCUUUAAUCCAACAUCAUGAAAGCUGAUAGCAAAGGAAUGUCUAUUUUUUCUUUUAGGAAGACAAUACUGGAGCUGAACAAAAAUACUUUAACACUUCAACUUAAACCCCAGCAACUAAACCCUUGGAAUAAGUACCAAAAGUGCAGGUCUUCACUAACCUUAAAAAAACCAACCCCAGUUACCCCCCAAGCAGACUUGGCAAGACUAAUUAAAAAUUAACAUAAGCAACAUUGACUGCAUUUGCUUAAGUGCUUUUUUGAUACCUGCAGCCUUAGACUGUAAAUCAUUGUAAUGAAAAAAAACAUUUAUUCCAAAUGAAUGGAUCAUGCAGUAGCAGCCCUCCAGUUGGAAUUGCACUGGCCAUAUGUCUCUGCAGGGAAUGGGAAGAGGUAGGAAAGGAUAAAGCAAAAGUAGCAAGUAAUGAUUUUUGGAAAGGGGUUUUGUAAAAGUAACUAGACUUCUAGGUUCUUCCUGAAAUAGGCAGGAUUUAUUACUGGAACAUUUAGGCUAAAAUUCAAUAUAUAUGGGAUGUUUUUCAAUGUAUAUUCGUAUUUCUUGAGGUCAUGAAAACUGUUUCAUAACCCCUUUGUUUUUGUGAGCAGAGUUCUUUGCAUAGCAGUGAAAAGGGUAUUCCUGUUAAUCUAUUGUGUAAAAACUCAAGGUGUCACUAUAUACCGUGUAGUAACUUUAUCACAUGUUAUGUCAAGUGUGAGCAACUUCUGGCCUGAAGCUUUUGCAAUGGAAUUUGUACAUUUCUAUGCAUCAUUUUGAGUUCAAUUGCUGAGGAGUUCGUUUUGACUUGUGCUUUGAGGUUGACAUACUGCAUUUGUUUACAAUACGAAAUAUAAGCAAUCACAUCUUUAAAGUAUAGAUUAUCACCUGCUGCUGUAUUUUCUUUAGAUGAAACAAAUAUUGCUGUAUGAUAGUGAGAAGCUAUAAAUACAGGAUUUGAUAUUUUUUUGAAAAUGCUGUCACUUUUGUAUAAGAUUAGACAUUAAACGUAUUUUCAAGACUGUUGUGUUCACUGUUUUUCAAUUCCUGCUUUUGACAUGCCUGUGUAGACUUUUGCCUUGAAUGAAUAGUAAAAAUAGGACAUCCUUGAUUUGCAAAGCCUGAAUAUAAAAUCAGAAUUACUUGA